AAAUAUAAAACUACAAAUUACCUGUAAAUUACAGCUUUGAUAAAGAAAAGGAAAAAAAUAAAAAAUUCAAUGGUAAAAAUAAAAACUUAGUGCUCUCCCUCUUCUUCUUUCUCUUGGUUAAGAUUACAACCAAUAACAUCUGAGGGAUCUCUUGAUCCUUCUCUCUCCCUCUCCUCUCUUCGUCAGAAAAUCUUCAACAUUUUUUCUCAUCAAGAACAAAAAAAAAAAUCUAUGCGUUCAAGGUUUACGUGAGUUACAGAGCUGUGACGAUCGUUGAAUCUUGAACGUAUAAGAUUUGAUUCCGGUUGUGACAAAACUAACCGGAAUCAAAACCUUCAAUAAGAGCAAAUGGCAACGACUAUGAAAGGCCUUCUUAAGGGCCUUCGUUACAUUACUCAGAUUUUUGACGAAGAGAAAGAAGAGGAGAUGCAGAUAGGGUUUCCGACCGAUGUAAAGCAUGUUGCUCAUAUUGGCUCUGAUGGUCCAGCUGCCAAUACUCCAAGCUGGAUGAAUGACUUCAAACCUCAAGAAAAUGAGAAUGCUCAAGUCGUUUCCAGAGGCAACUCCAACAAAUACAACCCUCAAGAGAUGAACCAACAUGGAGCCGGGCUAAAAGAACUGCUUCCUCCGACCAGCAACGAGAAACCGAAACACAGACACAGACGCAAACCAGGAAGCAGCGGGAGCGUUGCAUCAUCAGAGGAACCGGCGAAGCAGUCAUCAAGACAUAACCGAAGCAAACACGGGUCGAUGGACUCAUCGUCUAGUGAUCAAGAGCCUUCGGUACGUAGAAGGCGUAGCGGUGGUGCCAAAGACACGGAAGGUAUGAUUCUUCCAGAUGGUUCAGUUCCUCCACGGAAGAGUAAACCUCGGAAACAAAAAGGAUCGAUAGGUGGGGAAGGGUCCGUGAGGAGAUCAUCAAAAGGAAAACCAGAGACUGAGAGUUGAGUUGAUAAACGAUAUAAUAUAUAAAAUCGAAAACAUGAAAUGUAAUAUUUUUCUUUCUUUUUUUAACGAGUUUUGUCUAAUUCUUGACUGGCUCAAGAAGGGGGAAACAUU